CUUAUCAAAUUACAGAUUUUUUCAACUGUCUGACUUAGGAUAUCAAGAAUGGCAAAAUCAGAAUCGAAUUCUUGUACGACAUAGAUCAGAUACAUCUUAUGAUCGUGAUCGCCCAUCCUUUUCAAAGAACAUUCAAACAAAAGACUUCAAGAAAUGUAGAGAGUUAGAACCUUUAACAUUAGAAUAUCGGUCAAUGUACCAAUUUGUACCUCAGCAAUCUCACUUACAAAAUAAUUUAUCACAUAGAGACCAAUCCAAUAUUGGUGAAAUGCCAGCAGAUAACAUUGAUGCACAGCAGUCUGGUGAUUCUCGAGAUUCUCAUGGACUUUUAACAUUAUCUCAUGAACCAAAUUCUUCAAGUCAGUUGCACUCUACUGAUCAAUCUGCAAUUAGUCCAGCUUCAUACAGAUUAGAAGAGUUGCAACAGUCAUUGUUAGCAAUGUCUGCUCCAUCCUAUCCACCUCCACAGCCACCACAACCAUAUGCUCAGAGUACUCCAAAUCAGUGUGUUAAUGAUGGUGGAGGAAAUGUUCCUGUUUGGUCUCCAUCUUUUGUUUGUAGUAGUCCUUCUUCAAGUCCAACGAGAAAUGGAGACCGUCCAUUAACUCCAGCCUUUCCAUUGCAACCACUUACCCCAUAUAUCAAUCGAGAAUCACCACCAGUUCCUCCAAGAAACCAGCCACAACCAUCUCGACAUUCACUUCCUCAUCAGCUUUCUCUACUUCCAUCUGAUCGUCUUGGUUUACUCAAGAGAUGGUUUUCUAGUUCUGGUCUUAAUUUUCACAGGAAAGAACAUCAUAGUCCUUCUUCUGACAAUAUUCCUCAGUGGCAGCAACCUACUUAUAAUAUAAAUGGCCAAAGUUCUCCUACUGUUUACUGUGGACAGUCUCAUAGAUCUAGUAUGGUUUCAUUAGCAGGUAUUAAUUUUUUAAUCAAUAAAAACAUAUAAAUAACCAUUAAAGAAUAUGGAUUUAAGCUUAUGUAAUAGGUCAUACUUAUUUUUAUUUUUUAACUUUUCAAGGAAAAGUAUCUUACAAUAAACUUAAUGUAGAGUUUGCGCACGAUGUAUUUUACAUUAUAAACAUGUCCAUUAUAACUUUAUGCAUUAUAUACCAGUGUGGUUUUUGCGUUGUUGUUGCUUUUAUCUUUUGUCACUGCGAGUGGAAGAAACGAACGAGAUGAGAUCAUAACAAAAACUAACUAACAAAAACUUUUAUGGUCCUUGUCGCGUACUUGGUACAGCACAUAUCUCGACAACACGGCUAACAAAGACAACUGGUUUUCGACGGUCUUUGUGGGGUGAGUUCGAAUUUAUUCCAGGAAGUGAUGACUCAUACACCCGGGGGUAAUUGCUUGUAUUUUACAACCGUUAAGGAUACAGAUGUGAAGGGCGGCAUUUGCCACAGAGUAUCCCCCCAGUGAGGGAUGAGCGAUAGAAUUGAUGUCGAAUGAGUCGCUUAACGUUACAUUAUGGUGACUAGUCUUUUAGGAAAAUGAACAUGAUGGCCUGAUCUAGUCGUAAUGGUUUGAUCUUCUCUAGAGGUAGUUUCCAGUUUUUUAUUGUUUGCUGUUGCUGAUGACAGUGGUGUCUGCGAUGGACUUGACUGGAUGGUUUUGAUAAUAGAUUCCUGGGGUGAUUCGUCCUGUUAGAUAUACGCUGGUUUUACUCUGUCAAUGGAGAUGGUUGAUUUGCAACCUUGGAUGUCAAUUACUAGUGUUUUGUCGUGUUUUUCUAGCACUUUGUAUGGGCCUGAGUAAGGCUGGCGGAGAGGAGAUCGAUUUGCGUUGAAUCUUAAGAAAACAUGUGUACAUUCCUUUAGCUCUGGAUGAGUGAAAAUUUUCUGUAUGGAAUGAGCGGAAGUUGCUAACGGUUUCAGAUUGGCCAUGUGGGUUUUUAGUUGACUGACAAAUAAUUUGCAAGGAACUCAUGGAGUGUUGGGGCUAAUGAUGUCAGCUGGUAAUUUUAAUGGGGUACCAUAUAACAGUUCAGCUGCUGUUGUGCCUAUAUCGGCUUUAAUUGCUGAACAAAUUCCCAGGAGGACUACCGGAAGGGCGUCUGUCCAUUUGGAGGAUUCGUGUGACAUUAGCAAUACCUUAAGGUGUCUAUGUAAUCGUUCUAUUAAACCGUUUGAUCGGGAUUGGUAUGCUGCUGAAUGGAUGUGAUUGGUGCUGAGAAGUCUGGUCAGUUCUUGGAAUAGGUUUGAUUCAAACUGACGUCCUUGAUCAGUGGUGAUGGUAGUAGGGCAUCCAAAUCUUGCGAUCCAACCUGAGAAAAAGCUUGGCAUACCGUCUCAGCAGAUAUGUCGACAAUUGGGAUGACCUCUGGCCAUCUGGUAAAACAGUUGAUCACUGUAAGGCAGUAAUGUUUCCAUCAGCUGGAGGAAGUGGUCCUAUCAGGUCCAUGUGAAGAUGGAAAAAUCUUGCUUCCGGAAGUGUAAACUUCCCUAUUGGUGUCCAGGCGCGGCGAUGAAUUUUCGAUUUCUGGCAGGGAAUACAAUGCAAGGAAUGUGCCCACUGACGGAUGUCCUUCCGCAUGCCCGGCCAAACAUAAUGGCUUGAAAUUAGCUUAGUGGUUGCUGUUGCUCCUGGAUGAGAAAGUCCUUGUAGGUGAUCGAAUAUGAUUCGUCGGAAAUUAUGCGGCACGAAGGGGCGAGGUUUUCC